CGUUUAUUUGGUUUUGGGCGUCACUCCUUGAGCGGUGAAGCCGAAGGCUGUGCUUGCGAGGGCGUGUGCGAUGUGUCGACCUCCGUGCGACGUUGUUUCGACCUCGACGGACUGCUCGAGAUCGCAAUGAUCUCCGUCGAAAUGAAUCCUUCGCGGCAAUUAGUAGGAGCGCCGAUCUACGCCGCCGCUGCGUUGUUUCGCGCAGCUUACCGGAGGAGCUAACCCGACUCUUUCGUGGUUGACUCAUCGAUUGGCGAUUUGCGCGGAUGCGAUGAAUCCCACCACGAUCGCUCUGAGUGUUCUCGUGCUGGCCGCGGUUUGCUCGGCGGACUCAGAGCGGCAACGGGAUUGCUCUUCAAGCGGGUGCGCCGAAGAGAAACGUGUGCUGUCAGCUGGUGAGCAAGGAUUGAACGCAGUGGACGGAGAGCGGGGCGUCACGCAUCGUGCUCCCGCGUCGCCUCGGCAAGCUCACGACAGCCACCAACAGGACAGCAGCAGUCCUCUCCUGAAGGUCAACUUCUGGUUGACCCUGCUCAUAUCGGCGCUCGUGGCCGCGCUACUUUCCUGACCUUAUUGUCACCUGUAAUAUAUGUACACACUCACCGGUAGUAUAUUUACAAAGUACUAGUAUUGAUCCGUUAAAAUAAAUGACGUCCCUACUUAUUCA